AUGGCGAAAUUUGCUGCUGUGAUGGUCCUGUUUGUACUGGUUCUGGUGCAUGCAAGUGGUCGUGAAGUGCCUAGUGAUUAUGAUGGAGAAGAUGAAGAAACUGUAAUGCAUGAGAGUGUUUCAGCUGUGACAAGUGGAAUUAAUGGUGUUGGGGAUGAGAAGAACUUCGUUUAUGGUGGUGGGGUUGGUGGGUUUGGAGGCAUGGGUGGCUAUGUUGGGGCCGGUGGAGCUGGAAUCGGCGGUGUCGCUGGAAUAGGUGGCUUUAAAGGCAUCGCUGGCGGCCUUGGCCACAGUCUCGGUGGCUUAGGUGGAGUUGGCGGCCUUGGCCACAGUCUCGGUGGCUUAGGUGGAGUUGGCGGCCUUGGCGGCAUAGGUGGCGCCGGUGGUGUUGGAGGACUAGGUGGUGCUGGCGGUACUGGCGGCAUUGGCGGCGGGUUUGGUGGUGCUGGUGGUGGUGCUGGUGGGCUUGGUGGGGCUGGCGGCGGUUCUGGUGCCCGCAGCAUUGGUGGUGUUGGUGGUGCUGGAGGCCUUGGUGGUGCAAGUGGCGGCUCUGUUCACCCUCUCAAUCCUUAG